GGACCAAGACUGGACUGGGCAGGGCUACUAACUGGUGCCUAAAGUAGUCAUAAGGAGACUUAGUAUAUCCAUUUACUCCACGAAUCUCAUAGAGAUCCUCUGAUAGCAAAACUCCUUUCCUUACAUGUGUCUCCUCUGAUCCUGUGGAGAUGAAAAUUGACAUCCAUAGUCAUAUUCUACCAAAAGAAUGGCCAGAUCUAAAACAGAGAUUCGGCUAUGGAGGCUGGGUGCAGCUCCACCACCACAGCAAGGGAGAAGCAAAAAUGAUGAAAGAUGGGAAGGUCUUCAGAGUGGUCCAAGAGAACUGCUGGGAUCCAGAAGUGCGAAUUAGAGAAAUGGAUCAAAAAGGAGUAACGGUGCAAGCUCUUUCCACAGUUCCCAUCAUGUUUAGCUACUGGGCCAAACCUCAGGACACUUUAGACUUGUGCCGGUUUUUAAAUGAUGACCUAGCUGCCACCAUUGCAAGACACCCCAGGAGGUUUGUGGGUCUGGGGACACUACCCAUGCAGGCCCCCGAGCUGGCCGUCAAGGAGAUGGAGCGCUGUGUGAAGGAGCUGGGCUUCCCCGGGGUCCAGAUUGGCUCCCACAUCAAUGAGUGGGACUUGAAUGAGCGGGAGCUCUUCCCCAUCUACACAGCAGCUGAAAGGCUGAACUGCUCCUUGUUUGUGCAUCCCUGGGACAUGCAAAUGGAUGGACGGAUGGCCAAAUACUGGCUCCCUUGGCUUGUAGGAAUGCCUGCCGAGACUACCAUGGCUGUUUGCUCCAUGAUCAUGGGUGGAGUGUUUGAGAAGUUUCCUAAACUGAAAGUAUGUUUCGCCCAUGGAGGUGGUGCCUUCCCCUUCACAGUGGGGAGAAUCUCCCAUGGAUUCAGCAUGCGCCCAGAUCUGUGUGCCCAGGAUAACCCAACUAACCCAAAGGAAUACCUUGGUUCCUUUUAUACGGACUCCUUGGUUCAUGAUCCUCGGUCUCUUAAGCUGUUAACAGAUGUCAUAGGCAAGGAUAAAGUAAUUCUGGGAACAGAUUACCCCUUUCCACUAGGUGAGCUGGAACCUGGGAAACUGAUAGAGUCUAUGGAAGAAUUUGAUGAAGAAACAAAGCUAAACUACUUCAGAGCAUGGGAACAUAAAAUAGCUGAAAGUCAGCACAGCAGAUCUCAAUUCUGGACACCAAGGACCAAAGGCUCCUGAAUCAUGAGUUUACAAUGAGAGGCAGAGUCCUCGGAUUACCUCCCCUCUGCCAUCCCCUUCCCCACUCCAUUCUAAAAAUAAAUAAAUAAAUAAAUAAGUUCUUCCUAAGGACUUCAUUGGCAGUCACUAUCUCAUCAGAGGUCAGAGAUGGUCUAAAAUGAGACUAUGGGGAUAAACUCUUAAUAAAUCUUAUAAAAGUCUUAGUCAUAAGCCUUUUACAUAAUUCUUGGCUUUCUUCUAAAUUUAUAAUCCAGAAGUUGCCUUGAACUCUCUGCUUUAACCAUUAGAGAAAUACCUCAUUAAAUUUUCUCAACAGGCUUGAACACAUGAACAAAUGACAAGAGUUCAUGUUGAUCUAUGCCAGGUGCUAGUUCCAAGUUGUUAACUGGAAAAACACCUUAGUAUUUCACACAGAAGUAUCCCCUCCAGAACUGACUCAUCUUUAGGCACUGAAAGUCUUGCAUUGUCAAACAUUUACCUAUAAAUUAAGAGGUUGUAUUAAGAUGUUUUUAAUUUUUUUAAGAUUUAUUUGUUUAUUUGAAAGGCAGAGUUACAAGAGGCAGAAGGAGAGAGAGGUGGGGGAGGGAGAGGGAGAGGGAGAGGGAGAGAGAGAGAGAGAGAGAGAACCUCCAUCCACUGUUUCCGUCCCCACAUGGUCACAACAGCCGCAGCUGGGCCAGGCCAAAGCCAGGAGCCAGGAGCUCUGUCCUGUUCUCCCACGUGGGUGGCAGAGGCCCAAACAUCUUCUGCUGCUUUCCAGGUACAUUAGCAGAGAGCUAGAUCAGAAGUGGAGCAGCCAGGACUCAAACCAAUGCCCAUAUGGAAUGCUGGCACUGCAGACAGCAGCUUUACCCACUAUGCCACAAUGCUGGCCCCAAAAUGUUUUUAAUUUUUUACAACAAAUGUUGAAAAUGAAAAAAGUUACCCAAAAUUAAGCAGAGAUCAGAUUACCUCAAAUUCCCUGAUUAACAAUUUAAUGGAAUAAUAAUUAUUAUUUUAUGCCUUUAUUGUUUCUUAUGUGCUUGUCCCUCUCAAGUUUUUUUUAUAUAAAAAUAUUAUACUGUCACAAAUUCACAAUGACAUUCUAUACAAGGUAACUCAUUGUAACACUGGAAUAAAAUUCUGGAAGCAGCAUUUAUAAAUAAUAGAUCAUACAGUAGAAUCUAUGCAGCCAUAGAAAUAUUAGAAAUAAAUUUCUGGCUGGCGCCGCGGCUCAACAGGCUAAUCCUCCGCCUUGCGGUGCCGGCACACCGGGUUCUAGUCCCGGUCGGGGUGCCAGAUUCUGUCCCGGUUGCCCCUUUUCCAGGCCAGCUCUCUGCUGUGGCCCGGGACAGCAGUGGAGGAUGGCCCAAGUGCUUGGGCCCUGCACCCCAUGGGAGACCAGGAGAAGCACCUGGCUCCUGCCUUCAGAUCAGCGCGGUGCACCAGCCGCAGCACGCUGGCUGCAGUGGACAUUAGAGGGUGAACCAACGGCAAAGGAAGACCUUUCUCUCUGUCUCUCUGUCUCUCACAGUCCACUCUGCCUGUCAAAAAAAGGAAGGAAGGAAGGAAGGAAGGAAGGAAGGAAGGAAGGAAGGAAGGAAGGAAGGAAGGAAGGAAGGAAGGAAGGAAGGAAGGAAGGAAGGAAGGAAGGAAGGAAGGAAGGAAGGAAUUUAUUUCCAGGGGCCGGCGCCAUGGCUGACUUGGUUAAUCCUCCACCUGUGGUGCCGGCAUCCCAUAUGGGCGCUGGGUUCUAGUCCCAGUUACUCCUCUUCCAGUCCAGCUCUCUGCUGUGGCCCGGGAAGGCAGUGGAGGAUGGCCCAAGUGCUUGGGCCCCUGCACCCACAUGGGAGACCAGGAGGAAGCACCGGCUCCUGGCUUCAGAUCGGCAUAGUUCCAGCUUUAGCGGCCAUUUCAGGGGUGAACCAACGGAAGGAAGACCUUUCUAUCUGUCUUUCUCUCUCUCACUAUCUAACUCUGUCAAAUAAAAUAAAAUAAAAUAAAAUAGAAAUUUCCAGGGGCUGGUGUUGUGGCGUACUGGGUAAAGCUGUCACCUGCAAUGCCAGCAUUCCACCUGGGCACCAUUUUAAGUCCAACCUGCUCCACUUCUGAUCUAGCUCCUUGCUAAUGUACCUGGAAAGCAGCAGAAGAUAACCCAAGUAUUUGAGCCCCUGCCACCCACGUGGGAGAACAGGACAGAGCUCCUGGCUCCUGGCUUUGGCCUGGCCCAGCUCUGGCUGUUGCAGCCAUUUGGGGGAGUGGACCAGAAGAUGGAAAAUCUCUCUCUGUGUGUCUCCCCAUUCUCUGUUUGUUUUUCAAAUAAAAAAAUAUUUAUUUUAAAAAUUAGAUAAACCCAUUUGAUGAGCACAGCAACACUGGGAGGCCCAUAGGCAGUGUGCCCUACCACAGAGAUGUGAAGGAAGAAAAAAAACCUUGGAGGUUGAGUGAUUUGCCAAAGGUGCUCUAACUGCUGGGUUACAGCACAUAGAUACAGCCCCUAAUCCCUUGACCCCAGGAUCACGUCUCCAGCCAACACAACAAAGAAUACCCCUCCAAAGGAUACUUGGGACCAACCUAUUUUAAGAAGUAAAGCAAAUAGUUGUUCCAAUCACUUCUGAAAUCUCUAGAGGAGGAUGACCCAAGUGUGCUUCAGGGAAGAACCCUACUAAGAGGCCCUCAAAUCAACCAUUCUUUAAGGCUGAGAUCCAUUAAAAGUGCAGAUGUCUCACAACAGCAUACAUACCUCCUUCCAACUCAGCUACAUGCCUGUCUUUUACACACUGGAUACAAAUCAACAGGAUAGCACAAAGUUGCCCCUCAAAUCAUUUCUUCCUGCAGAUUUGAUACUCUAUGCAGAGGAGUAGGUGGAGAGAAACUGGGGAGUCCUCUUCUCCUGUGCAAUCUAUGAAAUGUACUGAUUUUUACCCUCAUCUGAAACCCUUUAUCUACAGACUUCUGCUCUGAAAAAGCUGACCUCAUAUCCAGGGCCACAUGAAAGGACCACGCGUACACUAGGAGUAGGGAAGCGGCUUUGUGCCGUCUGGGCACUGUUUUCAGCCCUCUUGUCCUACAGACUUGAAGUGUACUUUUCUCUCUCUUCACCUCCAAAUAGUCCUCAAGUGCCACAGAAGGGACCACUAAAGGGUUCCAGAGAAGGGCAUUUCACUAAGAGGGCUCUUCCUCUCUGGGUUCAUGCUGAGGAACCGCAGGUUAAGCCACUGUCUGAGACACCAGCUCUAGUCCAAGCUGCUCCACUUCCAAUUCAGCUCACGGUUAACAUGCCUGGAAAAGCAGCAGGGGAUGGCCCAAGUACUCGGGCCCCUGCCACCCACAUGAAGACCUGGAUGGAGUUCCAGGCUCCUGAUUUCAGCCUGGCCCAUUCCUAGAUGUUAUGGUAUUCGGGGAGUGAACCAGGAGAUGGAUUCUCAUUCUCUCUCUCUCUUUCUCUCUCUCUCUCUCUCUCUC